CAAUGCAAAAUGAGGGUUUGUUGUUUUUAUUGAUUUGCUAGAAGGAACACUGUGAACAGCCUAUAAACAGUACACAUUACCUUGGUCACGUUCAAAUUUUGACUAAGACAACAGAAUUAAUAUCACAACAGAAAUUUUAGGCAACAGCAUUAGUGAGACUAACCAUUGUCAAUAUCUCCGGGUAGGAAACAGCCCAAGGAAAGUCUACCCAAGAUGGCCCUGGAAUGUCAGGCUGGAGAGAGGAAAACCAAGUAGGCUGGGAGCCAGGCACAGCAAUAGUUACUGACAGAUUGAGGUAGAGGACAACUUCCACCCGCCCACCCCCAUCCUUGACCUGAUACUGUAACUGGGGUGACCAGCAGUGUUCCUUCUAAGCACCCAUGGUGGACCUCCUCAACUCAUCCAAGGGAGAACCCUCUCCACAAGAAGAAGCCUCUUCAAGCCAGCAACAUGAUUCUCAGACAGAAAUUUCUCGCCGUGGUUCAUUGCAGACGGAGAUCAGUCGGAGCCGCAGCAGCUCUAUUGAUUCCACUCUUUCCCAUGCAAGCAGCCGCAGCCAGAGGGAUGCCCUGCGCCACCGGAUAUUCCACUUGUCUGAGUUGCUGCGAGAGGAAAAGGCCAAUCGGGAUGGCAAUACUUCCUGCUACGUGGAGCUGGCGAGCAAGGCUGACCGGGAGAAGGCAUCCUCCAUCCGUCAGGCCUUUGAACGUAUCAACCAGCGCUCCUCAGCUAAUAUUGCCCAUCUGGAGCAACGCCUGCAGGAAUCCUUGAACCAGCUGAAGAAGUUAGAGCAGAAGACUCUGACAGCACAUGACAGCAGCAUCAGUGCCACCUCUGCCCAGCAAUUGUCCUUCGCCCACAGGGGCAGCUUAGCCCAGCAGACAUCCCUCAUACCCAGGGACCGUACUGCAGAAAUUGCCACUGUUGAGGAAAUCCACCUCCCUCCUCUUAUAGAGAGCAAGGAAGAACACCCUGAAGCAGAAGCUGCUUCAAAGCAGUCCCUUGAAGAGAUAAGCAAGCAGAAACUCCAGGAGUUGAAGGUUCAGCUGUUAAAGCUAAGAGAAGACCACAAGACCCUUGAGAAUGAGUGGCACAAGCUGGAAGAGGCAUGGAAAGCUGACAAAAAGCAGAUGAUGGAACUCCUCCAAGAGGAGAAGAGGAGGCACUAUCAUCUGGAGGUGCAGGUGAAUGAUGUGAUUCAGAUCAAUCUCAGUGAGAUCACCAACCUCAAACAUGACUUGGCCUGCACAGAGGAGAAGAUGGUCUACCAGUCUUACGAGAGGUCCCGAGACAUCUGGGAGGUGCUGGAGUCAUACCAGACCAGACUGUCCAAACUGGAAUCACAGCAGCAGGCCCAGCAGCAGGAGGCAAUAGAAUUGCCUCAGGCCAGUGUGUAUAAACUUUAUGGGCAACUCAUGAAUCUGUUGCUGACCAUUGCCACCAUUGUCUUGGUGUGUAUCUCCACUAUUUCAACUUUUGUCCUCCCUUUCCUGCAUACUCGCUGGCGUGCUGUUACCACUCUACUUUUGAUCAUCACAAUAACCAUUGUCUGGAAAUACUUGCCUGUCAUUACGAAGCAAAAAUGGACAACAUGGCUGCCCGCAAACUGGUAGCGAGAGAACAAAAUGGCAACAAUCUGCACUGAUGCUCUCUAACAUUUCCUACUGUUAAUACUUAUUUAUGUAUGUAUUCAGUUAUUAAAACGUCAAGAGCC